UGUGUUCUUCCAGACGACUUGUUGUGCUGUGUGUACCUAUGUUUGAACCAGCUGGGUCCCGCCUACCUGGGGAUGGAGCUCGGCGUGGGAGAGACGGUGCUGAUGAAAGCUGUUGCUCAAGCAACUGGGCGACAAUUGGACAAAAUCAAGGCGGAGGCGCAGGAGAGAGGAGAUUUGGGCCUCGUGGCCGAGAGCUCCCGCAGCAACCAGCGCAUGAUGUUCCAGCCGGCCAGUCUGACAGCGGGGGGCGUGUUCAGGAAAUUGAAGGAAAUCGCCAGCAUGAGUGGGAACUCGGCCAUGAAUAAGAAAAUCGACAUCAUCAAAGGCCUCUUUGUGGCAUGCCGCUUCUCCGAGGCCCGCUACAUAGUCAGGUCCCUGGCUGGGAAGCUGAGGAUAGGCCUGGCUGAGCAGAGCGUCUUAUCGGCUCUGAGCCAGGCUGUGUGCCUGACCCCCCCUGGACAAGGUUUCCCCCCUGCUGUGCUCGACGCAGGGAAGGGUAAGAGCGCCGAGAGCAGGCGGGCCUGGAUCGAAGAGAAGACUCUGAUUCUCAAGCAGACUUACUGCGAGAUGCCCAAUUACGACGUCCUCCUCCCCGUUCUGCUGAAAGAAGGCAUCGACGAGCUGCCCAAUCACUGCAAGCUCACUCCAGGUGUGCCGCUGAGACCCAUGUUGGCUCACCCCACCAAAGGCGUCGGCGAGGUGAUGAAGAGGUUCGACGAGGCGGCGUUCACCUGCGAGUACAAGUACGACGGAGAGCGGGCGCAGGCAGAGAAAGCUACUUCUGCCAUUGUGGACAAAGUAGAAGGAGGGGGGAGUAAGAUGGGGGAGAG